CAGGUCAUCUAAGGUAGACAUGGAACCACUGCUCACAGACAUGUCAGUCCCGGGGAUCCUGGGGGCCCUUGUUCUACUGGGUGUGGUGACCCCUCUACGCGCCUCUGUGCUCCCAAACAUCGUGUUCAUCCUAACAGAUGACCAGGAUGUAGAACUCAAUGGACAGGAUCCUAUCGUCAAAACACGAGAACUGAUCGCUGCCAGAGGCAUGACAUUCACACACAUGUACGUGUCGAGUCCGCUGUGUUGUCCCAGUCGAUCAAGCAUCCUGACCGGCAAAUACGUCCACAACCAUCACGGCAUCAACAACUCCGUCUCCGGCGGCUGCAGCAGCCCCGAAUGGCAGCAGAUGAAUGAGGUUGCAGCGUUCCCGGUGUAUCUGAAGAAGCAGGGGUACAGCACCUUCUUUGCCGGCAAAUAUCUUAAUCAGUACGGCUUCCCGCAGACCGGAGGGGUGAAACACGUGCCCCCGGGCUGGGACUGGUGGGUAGGACUGGUCGGCAACUCUGUCUACUACAACUACACCCUCUCCAUCAACGGUACAGCUGAGAAACACGGCGACGUCUACGAGAGAGACUACUUGACAGACGUCAUUCAUAGACGGGGUCAAGAGUUUCUGGAGAUGCAGUCCCGAGACAGCCUCUCUCCCUUCUUUAUGAUGCUCUCGACCCCCGCCUGCCACGACCCCUUUACCCCCGCGCCUCAGUACAACAGCACCUUCAGUGACGCCAGGGCACCGAGGGGUGGUUCAUUCAACCUUCACGCUGAGGACAAACACUGGUUGAUUCAACAAGCGCUCACCCCGAUGCCAGAUGACACGAUUGAGUACAUCGACACGACAUUCAGAAACAGAUGGCGCACUCUGCAGUCCUUGGACGACAUGGUGGAAGGCGUGGUCAAGACGCUGGACACCAAGGGGAUGCUGGACAACACCUACAUCUUCUUCUCCUCCGACAACGGCUUCCAUUUGGGACAGUUCUCCAUGCCGUACGACAAACGACAGGCGUACGAGUUCGACGUCAAAGUUCCUCUGAUGGUUCGAGGGCCUGGAAUCUCAAAGGACGUUGUAAUUUCCGAUUCAGUUCUGAACAUCGACCUCGCCCCCACAUUUUUGGAACUGGCAGGUGCCACGCCUCCAGCUUCGAUGGACGGUAUGUCCCUGUUGCCAAUCCUCAAUGGCACCAAGGACCCCAGCGUCCCCUUUCGAGUCCAGUUCCUGACAGAGCACUCAGGGGUGGGGUCAGACUCUGUACCCAACUGUCCCCAGUACAACGGCCAGGGAAUGAUGGUCUGCAAGAUGCACUGCGUAUGUCAGGACUCCCGCAACAACACUUACACCUGCCUCAGGUACAGGAGCAACAGCGUCGACUACAAAUACUGCGAGUUUGAGGACGACAAUGUAAGUACUGAUGACUCCCCGACUGAGGUAACCAUGGAAACAAAGAGAUUCCAGGAGCUGUAUGACCUGAAAAAAGACCGGUAUGAGCUGACGAACAUAGUUCACCAAGCAAGCCCUGAGAUCCUUGCAGUCCUUAAAACGAACCUUAAUGAGAUGAAGAUAUGCACGGGAGAUUCAUGCCACGGUGCAAAUUCACACCACAUAAGAUAAUCCAUUGGUCACCGCUGUCCCAUUUAACACAACACUGUUCACUUGUGUUUCUUUUGUAAUGGAAGAUACCCGUAACAAUAAAUGAGAAAAUUGCUUA